AUGGCACCUAUUAUCCAACAUCCUGCUCCUGACUUCAACAACGUUGUCUCCGUUGAGGCUGGCGAGUUCAAGGAGGUCUCCUUGAAGGACUAUCGCGGAAGAUGGUACGAUCUUGGUUGUUUUUUUUUGGUGCAGGGACGCAGAAACUGCCCCACAGAGAUCAUUGCAUUCGACAAGGCUCUCCCUGAGUUUGCCCAAAUCCACACUGCCGUUGUCGGCGUGUCGACCGAUUCGGAAUACUCGCACUUGAAAUGGGCCGAGCUUAACCGCAGGGAAGGUGGUCUUGGACCUAACCUCCAGCUACCUCUGAUUGCCGAUCGAAACAUGAAACUGUCUCGUGAUUACGGCGUUCUGAUCGAGGAGAAAGGAAUUGCCUUACGUGGACUCUUCAUCAUUGAUCCUCAGGGGAUCCUUCGUCAAAUCACCAUUAAUGACUUACCAGUUGGUCGUUCAGUUGAGGAGACCCUCCGACUUGUCAAGGCAUUCCAGUUCACUGAUAAACAUGGUGAGGUCUGCCCCAGCGGUUGGCAGGAAGGCGGCCUUUCCAUCAAGGCUGACCCCAAGGAUUCCCUCGAAUACUUCAGCGCUGUCGAGAAGAAGAGGGAUGCCGAUAGCAUGAUCAUCGAGCCAAGCAGCCACACCCAGAAGCGUACCAAGGCUUGA